GUUUGACAAAUUUCAUGUAAAGAACCCUGUAAAAUUACGGAUUAGGCAGCUCUCUAUUAUAAACAUGAUGAGUAUUCUUGAAGAACCGGCUGUUUAGGUGUGAGCUUUAAGGACGGAUCGAAAUUAUCAGUCGAAGGCGGCUUCACCUUUUGAUUUCCUCCAACCCUAUUAGUGGAACUCUACUUGGAAUCAGUAGCGCGACUCUUAACGCUUUGCUCCGUCUACAUUACUUAAGGACUUAACCUCCAGAAGCUGAAUAGGACAGUGACCAUGGCAAUUUACGAAAUGUCGAAAUGUUCUCAAGAAAUACGCGUUCAUGAUAUGAGUCAUGAAGGCUCCCUACAGGACCUUGGUGAUUACCCCGUGACCCCUAUGCGACACGCUCAGGGGUUUAGAGGAUUGUUUUAUGAGCAAAAGCGAGAACCAGAUAAUGGGCAACUGGAUAAAGAUCAGAUUAUUUCUGCCCCAUUGGAUUACCUUCUAUCCUCUCAAGGAAAGAAUAUAAGGACCAAACUGAUUGCAGCAUUCAAUCAGUGGCUUCAAGUACCCGAAGAAAAGCUGGAGGUCAUCAACCGUGUUGUGGAACUUCUACAUACAGCUUCUUUACUGAUUGAUGAUAUUCAAGACUCCUCCCAGCUACGACGAGGGCAGCCAGUCGCCCAUAGCAUUUUUGGCGUGGCACAAACCAUUAACUCUGCUAAUUAUGCUUACUUCGCUGCCCAGAAGAAGCUUGAGCUUCUAGAGAAUCCAAAGGCGUUUAGUAUCUUCACUGAGGAACUCCUAAGUCUUCACCGAGGACAAGGCAUGGAUCUCUAUUGGCGCGACUCACUUAUUUGUCCUACUGAAGAAGAGUACCUUGAAAUGGUCUCCAACAAAACUGGGGGGCUCUUUCGACUGGCUGUGAGGCUGAUGCAACUAGAAAGCAAACAAGACAAGGAUUAUGUGCCUCUUGUUGAUCUCCUUGGAAUCACCUUUCAGAUACGAGAUGACUAUCAAAAUUUGUGGAGUGGUAUUUAUACAGAUAACAAGGGUUUUUGUGAGGAUAUAACGGAAGGGAAGUUUUCAUUUCCUAUUAUCUACAGUAUUCGGUCAAACCCAAAAAAUCCGCAGUUGCUUAACAUUCUUCGACAGAAGAGCAGUGAUGAUGCAGUGAAAAAAUUCGCAAGGAAAUACAUGGAGUCUACUGGGAGCCCCAAGUAUUGCCGUCAGAAAAUUUCGGCAUUGAUAAAGUUGGCUAGAGGUUUAGUGGAAGAAUUGAAUGGGGACAAUAAAUCAGCCGAAAUGGAGGCAAUACUAGAUUACCUGGAAUUCGAAUAGAAAUUUACACAAGCUCUACUACCCUAUCGCAUAAAUUUGCAGAGCCUUCAUAC